CCAGGGCGGGCAGUUGGGGAAGGCGAUCCAGGGUGCACAUUUCCUGUUUCCUAGCAACAAAAGGAAGUGUUUGUUUGUAGUGAGAGAUGAAAUAGAAGAGCCCUGAUUGAUUCCUCAGGCCUCACCCCCCAGGCUGGGGCCCCUCAGCGGGGACCAGACGGCACCUAGAGGCACAGGAGUGGCCCUGGGAGAGGAUACAGUGGCUGUGGAGGGGCCCUGCCUGACUAGGGGCCCCCUCUGCCCUCAUUUACACCAGUCAUUAGGAAUUAUCAGUAUUGCCCCCCCCCCCCCUCCCCCCCGUACUCCUAUCUACAGAGUACGACUGGACCGCAGAGCUCGCACUCACUUAUCGGACAUGGGCUGAGCCGCCCGCGCUGCGCCAUCCAUCCGCCUGGACGCCAUUGUGACAUGGUUUGAUGGGAAGAAACUACGACAAUAAUGGACCUGGCUGUGGAAGUGAACUCCAGAUGUAUACUUUACUAUAAGAUUCCACACAAGCUGGAAGUCAAGCCUGUUCAACCCAAUGCCUAAGUUUUCUGGUGACGGGUAGAGAAUUCAUGUUUUGAAAAGCCCAGCCCAUUCCAGAUCAAGCAUGGAGGAAGAAAUUUUCGGGGCCAACCAAGCUACAAUGGCUUUGGACAGAUCUCUGGACACUGACCAGUGCUCCAACUUGUUCUCUAGCCCAGCAGAACUGAACACCACACAGGGAAGCCAUAAAGAAGAGAGACCGUACAAAUGCAGUCUGUGUGACAAGAGUUAUCGGCAUGCUGGAAGCUUAGUAAACCAUAAGAAAACUCACCAGAUUGGUCUCUACACUUGCCUCAUCUGCCAGAAGGAGUUUUCUAACCCUAUGGGGUUGAAAAGUCACUUGCGCACACACUCUGAGGACAAGCGAUUCAAGUGUGAUCAGUGUGGAGAGGCGUUCCGUAUGUCUCAGCAGCUUUACAACCAUCGAAGGUCUUCACAUACUUUUUCCUCAAUCUCUAUUGCAGAAAGUUUAGCAAGAAACCACGUAGUUGAUGUGCAAGCUCCUAUCCUAGUGGAUAGUAGCAAUUUAAUUAGUAACUUGGAAAACUAUAUUGCUGAAUCCAUGGUGCCAGGAGACUUUUCUCAUGUUGCUCCAAAGUAUUAUCAAGAUGGAAAUUCUGCAGAAGAACCUGCAAAUGAUGAUGCUUUAACUCAACAGGGGUCCAUGGAGGAUACUAGAGAAGAACAAGCACCCAAUGACAACACAGAGGAAUAUCGUUACAAAUGUAAUCAGUGUGAGAAAGCUUAUAAACAUCCAGGAAGUCUUGCAAACCACAGACAGAGCCAUAUGGUGGGUUUGUACCAGUGUGCAAUUUGCUUUAAGGAGUUCUCCAACCUCAUGGCCAUGAAAAACCAUUGCCGCCUUCAUUCAGACUCCAGAGCUCGCCAAAGGUGCAAAUCCCCUCGAUACUCUGCAAAAAUUGGUGGUCCUCUGUUAGAAAAUGCAGAUACACUACAAAAGGAUAUAUUGUACCCAAAAGAUACUGAACACCAACAUGAGGAUCUGCCUGCAAUAUCGCAGGUUUCUGAGAGCAGUAGUUAUGAGGAAGACACAGAAAUGUUACCUUCACCAACUCAAAAACUCCAAGAUGAUCUUCAUCCUGAUUCCCUCUGUUCAGAACGGGCUCUACAGAGUCCGAACAAGGACAGUAUGAUGGUGGAGAAGAAUGCAGUGGAUCAUAAUUCAACCUUCACAUCAGAGGAGGAAACUUGUCAACAGUCUGAGCAGCAACAAUACGAUGAAAUCCUUGAAGAGGGCAAGCCUGAAGAUUCGGAAAAUAGACCUUUUAGGUGCCAAGAUUGCGGAAAGACUUACAGACAUGCUGGGAGUCUCAUAAAUCACAAAAAAACUCACCAAACAGGGGUGUAUAGUUGUCCCCUGUGCUCUAAGCAGAUGUUCAAUGUUGCUGCCUUAAAUAACCAUUUUCGAGCGCACUUUAAGUCUAGGGCAGGGAGGAAGUUGGAGGAUAGUUACGUUUAUUCAGCGAAUGUGUCUGAUCUCUCCCAGAAUCUAGAAGACUCUUUCCAGUGUAGAAUCUGUGGUGACUAUUUAACCAAUGAGAAUGAUUUUUUGCAACAUCAAGUCAUCCAUCAAGAGGAAGCAAUAAAAGAAACAUACGGCGAUACGCAAAACAUGGAGGGGACUCUUGGAUCGGGCACUUACUGGCCUGAAUAUACUCAAGUAUCUCAAAGUAACAGUGACCCCUCCAGCCAUAGUUUACCCAACCCUGUGAAGCCAGAGAUGGAAGAUCUUGCUCAACAGCCAUCCCUGCAUCAGUGGACACACGAGGAGACCUCAACUACCCCCCAUGAUGGAACUCCACAAGACAAUGGUGCUAAAGUCCAGGAUACAUCCGGUGACAUUGAACAGCUUACCGUAGAUCAGAUGGUCUUUAAAGAAGAAUCUUCUCCAUUAGAAGAGCAUGAUGAAUCGCCAGUGGAUAGGCCCUAUAAGUGUGAACCUUGUGGAAGGACAUACCGGCACAAAAGCAGCUUGAUAAACCAUAGGCUCACACAUAAGACUGGAAUAUAUCAGUGUUCUCUGUGCCCAAAGCAAUACUCUAAUCUGAUGGCCCUUAGAAACCACCAUCGCUUUCAUGGUCGUUCAUAUGCAGGCCGUAGGGGAAUCUUAUCCAGAAGGGGCCAUCCGUAUCUUCGUGGUAGGCCCAGAUUUUUGCAAAAUAAGACUAUCCACUCUCUUACAGAAUCAGUAAAAUUAAAUGAGAAUGUGUCCCCCCAAACAGAUGAUGAUACAGCUGUUGAAGAAACUUUGACACAAAUCUCCUGCUCCUGUGGAGAAUCCUUUGACUGUACAGAGAGUUUUCAGUGUCACAGCCAGAUGUGUCAAAGCUCAACACCAGUUUCUUGCUCUACAGAACCACCUAUAGACCUUAAAAAAGAGGAACAACUGUUGACUGAUCCUCUGACUGCUUAUAAAACUAUAGAGAAACAGGAAUCUCCAGUAAAGCUUCUUGAAGCCUCAGAACAUCAAGGAAGGCGGGUAUAUGAAUGUGACCUUUGCAACAAGUCCUACCGGCAUUCAGGGAGCCUAAUCAACCACAAACGAACCCACCAAACCGGUGACUAUAUGUGCCCUUAUUGUUCUAGGCAUGUGCACAACAUGGCUGCCUUAAAAAAUCACAUAAGAAUUCACCACAAAGGUAAAAAGAGCCAGCCUGGAGAAAUGCAUGACAGUUCUAGGUUUCUCUAUCCUGAUCUCUGUUACUCCCAUCCAGGUGCUAAGAACUUCUUUGGUUGCGUUAAUUGUGAGGAGAUCUUUCAUUGUGAAGAGGAUCUUGUUGCCCAUCAAAUGGUGCAUAUGGCUCUAGAGGGAGAUCCAUGGGAACAGAGGGUAUCCAAUACAGGAGAGGAUGACCAAAAUCUCUCUUUAGAAAAUGUUAGCGAUUCUGAAAGGGAACAUUCUAAUAACUCUGAUAUCCAUGGGGCUGAGAAUCCUGGAAAUACAGAGCUUAUGUCUGAAGACUAUAGUAAUCAUAUUGAUUAUACAUGCAUAGAAUGUGGGGAAGUUUACACAAGUAUUGAAGACCUAAAUAACCAUAAACUUACCCAUCAAAUUGGCAUCUAUCAGUGUUCGUUUUGUCCAAAAGAGUAUCCCAACCUUCCAGCACUGAGGGAACAUUUUCAGUCACACACAAAAUCUCUUGCUCUCAGGAAUGUUGUAAAAGACAAUUCCCAUGGGGAAGAGUUGGAUGAAACUGUGCAAGACCAGCAAGCUUUUGACAAUUGUUACGACUGUGGCCAUUGCGGUUUGAUUUUCUCUGAUGAAGUAGACUUUCACCAGCACCAGGUUGCACAUGAAAAGCAAGUGAAGGCGGAGUCUCUUUCUGUCACUGAUCCAGAGGGAAAGGAGCCAGAAUUCUCCUUUCCUAUGGAUUCUUCAGAAAGGGAAUUGUUAAGAAGAAUAAAGAGUGAACUGGAGGAGGCUGAGCACACUGAAGCACCAGAUGGUGGUUCCCAGCUUUCCCAUAUAUGUGGUUACUGUGGCCAAACCUAUGAUGACCUAGAGAGCUUACAGACCCAUAGCUUGAGUCACAGCGCUGAAGAAAAACCUUUGACAAAUGAAAACAUUAACAGUGAAGCAGAUAAUCAAGAUCACAAUUUCCAACAGACCCCAACGAAGGAAGAGGAGAUAUCUGAUGAAAUGCCUAAGAACGAGGAAAGCCAUGAGAACCGACCUUAUACCUGUGAUCAGUGCGGAAAGAGCUAUAGACAUGGUGGAAGUUUAGUAAACCAUAAAAAGACUCAUUUAGUUGGCAAUUUCCAAUGUGUAGCUUGUUCUAAACAGUAUCCCAACAUGGCAGCUUACAUUAACCACUUGAGGCACCAUCCACAGUGUAAGCAGCAUGUAGCAUUGAACAGUCAACAUGAACCUAAUGCUUCAGAUCUUCAUGACUCUCCAUACACUAUUAGAGAAGGGGGGCGUUUGAACUUUUCCUCUAGUGCUACCUUUCUCAAUGCUUCUGCUUCCGCCGUCCUCCCAAGUGACUUUAAACCAUGCAUAGACACUUUAUCCACAGAUAAUUCCUGCUUCAAUCAUUCCAAUACGCAAACAAACUUCCAACUUACACCAAACCAUCCUAAACUAUCCAGGAAGCGAUGUUUAGGACAAGGUGAAAAGAGAAGGGACCCAGUAAUGGGUCCAUCCCCUGAAGGUGGGAGCACAUGUCAGCCUGAUGUAGAUGACAAAUUAUUUCAAGGUUGUGAGUUCGCUGGCAAAACAGUCAUUGGGGUUGAAGCAUUAUCACUACAUAUUGCUGGUAAUUGUGAAAAAAGCAAUGGAAUAGAGGUAGUAGGUCACUCAGAAGAGACCAUAAAAGCUGAAGAAGAUACAAUUCCACCUCUGGCUAGUAUAAAUCAUAACCAGAAUGAGGGUGAGGCUGGCUACUGCGGCCAAACCUAUGAUGAUCUAGUGGGAUUACAGGCCAAUAGCUUGAGUCAUGCCAAUGAAGAGAAACAUUUGGUCAAUGAAAGCAUUCAUAGCGAUGCAAAUAAUCAAGAUAAUGAUCUUCAACUGACUCCGGCAGUGAAGGAAGAGGAGAAUUCAGACGAAUCUCCUAAAAACGAGGAAAGCCAAGAGAACCGACCUUAUACUUGUGAUCAGUGUGGAAAGAGCUAUAGAUAUGGUGGAAGUUUAGUAAAUCACAAAAAGACUCAUUUAGUUGGCAAUUUCCAAUGUGUAGCAUGUUCUAAACAGUAUUUCAACAUGGCAGCUUACAUUAACCAUUUGAGGCACCAUCCAGAGUGUAAGCAGCAUGUAGCAGUGACCAGUCAACAUGAACUUAAUGCUUCUGAACCUCAUGACUCUCCAUACACUACUGAAGAAGGGGGGCAUUUAAACGUUUCCCCUAGUGCUUCUUUACCCAAUCCUUCUGUCUCCGAUGUCCUCCCAAGUGACUUUAAACCAUGCAUAGACACUUUAUCCAUGGAUAAUUCCUGCUUGGAUCAUUCCAAUACGCAAAUUAACUUCCACACUCCAGCAAACCAUGUUAAACUAUCCAGAAAGUACCCAGUGACCAGCACACCUAUGAAAGCUGAGAGCACACCUGGGUCUGAUGUAGAUGACAAACCAUUUCAAACUAGAGAAUUGGCUGGCAAAACUUUCUUUGGGGUUAAAUCAUUAUCACUACGUAUUGCUGGUAACUGUGAAAAUAGUGUAAUUGAGUUAGUAAGACCUUCAGAAGAGACAAUAAAAGUCAAAGAUGAAGUUUCAUCUCUGGCUAGUUCAAGUCGUAAUGAGGAUGGGCGUGGAUUUUAUCAGCGUCCCUUUCGUUGUGAAGUCUGCGGCAGGAGUUACAGGCAUGCAGGAAGUUUGAUUAACCAUAAACAGACACACAAAACUGGGGUUUUCCGCUGUUCCAUUUGUCAGAAGCGCUUCUUCAACCUUAUGGCCAUGAAGAAUCACAACCGCAUCCACUUUGAGUUAAAAAGACACAAGUGCCUGGAUUGCGGCAAAGCCUUUCGGCUUCGUAAACAAUUGGACACUCACCAAAGAUUACACUGGCAAAGGGCUGCAAUAAGGAAGUCCGGUCGACGUAAACGUCUGAACACAAGAUGCAGAAAAUUUUCUCAAAUGCAGCAGCGUAAGAUCACGCCACUUUGUGAAGACAUUACUUUAGAUCGAGCUGAUUGCUCUGGUAAGAAGAGCUCUGAUUCUUCAGUGAAAAGGGAACUGGAUCCAGAUUCCCGUCCUUACCAAUGCGAACAAUGUGGGAGGUCAUACAGACAUGCAGGAAGUUUGUUUAACCACAAGAAAAGCCACAAGAUGGGUCAGUACAGUUGUCCCAUUUGUCACAGAACUUAUUCUAAUCUCAUGGCCUUGAAGAACCAUGAACGCAAUCACUAUGAAGCAAAAAGGCAUCAUUGUUUGCAGUGCGGAAAGUCUUUUAAAUGGAAGAGACAACUAACCAGGCAUCUGUUUGUUCAUGCACAAGAGGAGUCCCAGUCUAACUCCCAACCACCCGUAGAACGAAAAGCAAGUACUGUAGAUGAUCAUCAGGCUGAAAGAUCCACUGGAUUUCGUAAGAGAUCCAGGAAAUCAACUAGCCCCAUUUCUAGGAAUUUAAAGAAGCAGCGCAGUUAUUUUGGUAACAACGCACCAUUCACAAAAGAUCCGAUUUGCACAGCUUGUGACGUUUUGUUUUCCAGCAGUGAUGAGUUAAGAAAACAUGUUUGUAGCGAAAGCCUCAUUAAAAUGCCAAACACUGACAACGAAGAACUAGGAAAAACAACAUUGUCAAAAGAGGAUUCAGAGCGCCCAUAUGGUUGCGAUGUAUGCGGCCGCACCUAUCGGCAUGCCGGAAGCCUUCUUAACCACAAGAACACUCACAAGAAAGGACUUUAUAAGUGUUCGUUAUGCAACAAGCAAUUUUCCAACCCUAUGGCCAUUAAAAACCAUCUCCGCACUCAUGCCGUUAAGAAGAAAUUUCAGUGCGUGGAGUGUGGAAAGGCAUUUCGUUCUUCCCAAAAGUUGGUCUGUCACAUCAGAUCUCACACGGGUGUAGGGCCCUUCCGAUGCCCAAUUUGCAGUCGUGAAUUUAGCAGCAAACUGACGCUUAGGCACCAUCAAAGGACACACAAAAAAUCGCAUUCUUUCCGGUCUUCCUCUCCAGCAGUGCCAUCUGAUGAAGAAACAAACAUUUGUGAAAACACAUCAGACUCUUGCAAGGUGGAGCCAACUCAGGAUUUCCCACCCUCCCAAGAACGGAAAUACAAGUGUAACCAGUGUGAUCGGUCUUACCGCCAUGCCAGUAGUCUAUUUAACCAUAAAAAAACUCAUCGGACCGGUGUCUACAAGUGCCCCAACUGCCUAAAGGAAUUCUUUAACCUGAUGGCCUAUAAUAACCACCUCCGUAUUCACAAAUUCCCUUGCGAAGACUGUGGAAAAGCCUUUCGUAUUGCUGGUCACCUUGAAGCUCAUCGCAAGAUCCACGAGCAAGAAGGAGCUUUCAAUUGUUCCAGUUUUGAACAUGACCAACUAACACAUAAUGGUCCGGAUAAUGACGUUCUAGAACCUCAGCCAAUAUCCAACUUAAUGGUUGAGGUGACAUGAGCGCAGCGGUGGAGGGCGGCAUGGCCCUUUUGUAUGUACGAGUAAAUUAUCUCUUCCUCUUCGUUUCCUAAAACUGAUCUUUCCAAGGACUCUCAUUCUUUUUUUCAGGAACCUCUGCUGUGUGCCAUUAACACUUCUAAGGAUGUCCUCAUGUAAAUAACUGAAUAACGAAUUGUCAUGCAAAGUCACCUUCGAAAUGGAACAAAGUGGUACAGUUUGUUCCUACAUUACAUGCCUUUUUUUUUCUUCUUCUUUAAAAAAGAACAAUGAAGGAUCAACCUUCACUUAACUGAUGCACUUCUGUGGAAAAAAAAAUAAUUAAAUAUGGUGCUUUAUUGAAACAUUUGACACCAAGGUGUCUCGUUACUGCAGCGUGAUGUUGUAAAUCACACCUGCUUUGUUUAGUUAGGUUAUUUGUACACUUUUUCUCUGCACCCCUCUAGGGGAGGAUAAAAGAACAAUGCGACUGGGACUCAAAGUCUGAGCAACUGGGGUUGGAGGGGUACAUCAUAGGGCAACGCAUGUUGCUUCAAAACGGGUUUACAAAUUGCCCAGCCAAUGUCUACAGCACUGUGCAGCGGUCUGGUUUUAAUAAUUUAUAUUGUACAGGGUUCUGGGAACCUGCAAAACUGACAGUGUGGGUAGAUAAACUUAUUUGGAAAAUC